AUGGACAUCAAGAAGUUGGAGAAAUUCGUGAGAAAUAAGAGGAAAAACAACGAACAGUUGGACAACAUCCUCACCGAGUUUUCCAUAUUCGACGCACCCCAGCUCGUGUUCGAUCCAGCGAAGGAAAAACAAUUACGGUAAAAAAAAAAAAAUUGGUUGUUGGUAGGUACUUGUUGAAUAUUUUCUUCCUCGCGCAGGGUCGACAAAACCACGGUGUACAGGAAAGAGAAGGAAGCCAAGUUCGCGAAAAACAGUUACACGGCGCUGAGGCGGCGAAGGGAAGAGUUCCGUCGCACCUUGGUCGAAGCGAUAGCAAAGAAACAGGACGAAGACGUUCAAAAGUACGGGCUCGGGUACUUUGCGAUCGGCGAUCGCGCGCGAUCGUUAAAGUACCAGCAGUACGUCGCGCACGGGAUCGGCAACGAAUACAUUCCCCCGCUGGACCCCAAGGCGCUCGACGCUAUUUUGGCGAGUGUGCCGAAAAAGUCGAGCCGGCGUUUCCCCGACGUGUUGCGUAGGUGCGUCCAGGAGGUGGUCGACGAAUACACGCACAGCGUCAGGAGAUCGGUUGUCGAUUUCGUCCUCCAUUGUGGCCCAACCCGCGAAAGUCACUCCCCUCAGAAAAUCAGCGUUAGCAUUGAGUCCCUGCAAAAAAGCAAGGAUAGGUUUCGGAGGGUGCGAAAGAAGAUCGAGAAAUCGUUGGUGCUGUACCACCCGUGUCUGAAAAAAGCAUUGGACUUUUGGGCGCGCGAAUUCAGCGCGGCAAAGCAGAUGGACAAAGAGCAUUUUUUGUCGCACGAUGGUGCCUUCAACUUGUCGAUGUUUGACUUUGAAUUUUCUCAAAUGGUCAACAAUGUGAAGAAGCAACUCAACGAGCGAUGGAUCGCGCGAAUAGCAAACAUCUGCCGCAACGCCCAGAAAAAAGGCACCCUAACUCUGGACAAAAGUCACGAGGUCAGCGUGAAACUGUUCAAAUGCCUCGCUACCGUCAUGGAAGAUCAACUGAGGUGCCUCUGUCUGAAAUCGGUCGACGACUACAUGGACUUUUUGAUGAACGCCGAGGCAAACCGAUGUCGAUUCGUCGUCAACGUCGUGGUGAAAAACGAAGUCCUGGUUUUCGAACCGUCCUUCAAGGCGUUCGCCAACAGGUUUAAUUCCCUUCUGCGCUCGCUCGUCGACGCGGUCGCCGAGCACGAAAGGAUCGAUGCCAAACUACUGCCGGGCCUCUCCAACGACGAAAACUUGCAGCCGGACAUUUCCGAGGACCAGGUGGAAUCGCACGUGGCGAGAAUUACCAAUCUGCUCGAGCAGAUGCGGAUAGGCCCGGAGUUUCUGUUGCAAGAGUUCGACGAGUACUUGAGCUUGGUCAAUCGGGAAGAGGCAAAGUACAUCGAGUCGAUCCUGGAGGCGGACCCUCCACCGUCCUUCCAAGCGUUCGGGGAGCUCAUAGAUCGGUACGACCAGCUGUCCAAGCGCAUACCACUCGAGUUCGAGGCGACGGUGUCGAUCGGUAUAUUCGAGAUCCACAAGCGGGAGCUCAUCAACCAGUUGGUCGAGGCUGCCUUGCACUGCAGGGACGUUCUCUUGAACAAGCUCAUCGGCGACUACCAGCUCGAGUCAAAGGCCAUCGGCGAGGAGUUCCAGGGCAUCUCCGACCGGGCGCUGAGCGUCCCCCCCAACACCCUCGAGCUCGUGGAGCUGAGCGACUUUGUGAAAAGGGCCCAGACCGAGAUGGUCAGGGGCUUGGAGAAGAGGCUUCAGGAGAUCAUCAAGUACAUCCUGUUGCUGUCUGACUACGCGCCGCUCACCUCGAUCGAGAUGAAAACCAACAACGUGGCCUUUCAAUGGUGCCACCGCAUGCCGUCGAUCUUCGAGGAGCACCUGCGCAUCGUCGCGAGUAAAACCGGCGAGUACCAGCAGGCGCUGAAGGAGCGGGUGGAAAAAUUCCGGGACGACCUGCAGGUGUACGAGAGGCAGUGCGAGGAGAUGCAGCACUGGGGCAACGUCGAGGAAAUCUUUCGGUACAAAAAGAAAGCCGAUCGCUUGGAAAAUCGGCUCGUCGCCGCCGUGGAGACCAUAGACGCCUUCAACGCCGAGGAGCAGAUGUUUGGCUGGGAAUUGACGCAGUACCCUCUCCGAAAAAAGAUCGCGGACAAGCUGGUGCCGUACAAAAAGUUCUACGACGCGGCGUGCGAGUUUCUGUCGAGCAACAAAAACUGGAUGAGCUCCGUGGUGGGCAGCUACGACCCCGACGACAUAGACACGGAGACGGGCACGGCCUACCGCACGGUACUCAAGCUCGAGAAGACGUUCCAAGUGCCGCUGGUGCGCCGACUCGCCGAGACGGUCAGAUUAAUGAUCGAGGAGUUCAAGGAGCACAUGCCCCUCAUCAUGACCCUCGGCAACCCGGGAAUGAAGCCUCGGCACUGGGAACAGGUCUCCGAGAUCGUCGGCUUCCCCAUCAAGGUGGACUCUGGCAUGACCCUUGCCAAGGUAAUAGAUUUCGGGCUGGACGAUUACGUGCCAAAGUUCGAGGGCAUAGCGGAGGCGGCGACGAAGGAGAGCAACUUGGAGAAGGCCCUGUCGAAGAUGCACGCCGAGUGGGCCGACGUGGAGUUCACGAUAAACCCGUACCGCGACACCGGGACCCACGUGAUAGCGAGCGUCGACGAGAUCCAGGUGCUCCUGGACGACCAUCUCACGAAAGCCCAGACGAUGAAGAACUCGGUCUACAUCAAGCCCUUCGAGAAAGAGACUCUGGAGUGGGAAGCUACGUUGUACACGCUUCAGGACAUUAUAGACUACUGGCUGAAGGUACAGGCGACCUGGAUGUACCUCGAGCCGAUUUUUUCUUCCCCCGACAUCCAGCAACAGAUGCCGGAAGAGGGCCGGCGCUUCAGUGCCGUCGACAAAAUUUGGAGGGACAUAAUGUCGAACGUGGUCCUCGAGCCGAAAGUCAUGGCAGUGAUAGAGAUCGAAAAGAUGCUCGAUCGUUUGAAAAAGUCGACGAAUCUGUUGGACCUGAUCCAAAAGGGGCUGAACGACUACUUGGAAAAGAAGCGGCUCUACUUUCCCCGAUUUUUCUUCCUGUCGAACGACGAGCUCCUGGAAAUUCUCUCGGAAACCAAGGACCCGAAACGUGUUCAGCCGCACCUGAAAAAGUGCUUCGAAGGUAUAGCCAAGUUGAACUUUACCGAAGAGAUGGAGGUGACGGCGAUGAUAUCCUCGGAAGGGGAACAAGUGACGCUGGAAGACGUAAUCGACACGUCGGCCGCCAAGGGUCAAGUGGAAAAAUGGCUCGUGGAACUGGAAAUGGACAUGAAGAAGAGCAUUCGAGCUCAGGUGAUACGGGCCAAAGAUGCGUAUCCAACCAAAGCGAGGAGCGAGUGGGUCCUGGACUGGCCGGGCCAAACGAUCCUGUGCAUGUCCCAGCUGUACUGGACGAACGACAUAACGAACGCGAUGCCGACGGCGCCCCAAAGUUUGCACGACUACGUCGACGCUUGCAUCCACGAGCUGGGAGAAAUCGUCAAACUCGUCCGCGGAAAGUUGUCGGAGCAAAAUCGCACCACCCUCGAGGCCCUGGUGACUCUGGACGUCCACGCUCGGGACGUCCUGGUCGGACUUGCUCGGCAAAACGUGUCCAACGCCACCGACUUCAAAUGGAUUUGCCAACUGAGAUACUACUGGAUGGUGAGUUUCCGUCAUACACUUGAUGAAAACCUGAUGACGAUGAUGAUAAACGCCUCGUUGGCCUACGGCUACGAGUACCUGGGGAACAGCUCGCGGCUUGUGAUCACACCGCUGACGGACAGGUGCUACAGGACCCUCUUUGGGGCCCUGAGCUUGCACCUGGGUGGGGCACCGGAGGGCCCGGCGGGGACCGGGAAAACCGAGACCACCAAGGACCUGGCGAAAGCCGUGGCCAAGCAGUGCGUCGUGUUCAAUUGCUCGGAGGGCCUCGAUUACGCGGCCAUGGGCAAGUUCUUCAAGGGCAUCGCCGCCUCGGGCGCCUGGUCGUGCUUCGACGAGUUCAACCGCAUCGACUUGGAGGUCCUGUCGGUCGUGGCCCAGCAAAUCCUCACGAUACAACGGGCCAUCAACUCCGGCCACUCCACCCUCACCUUCGAAGGCACCGAGCUACGUUUGGACCCCACUUGCGCCGUCUUCAUCACCAUGAAUCCCGGGUACGCCGGGAGAUCCGAGCUCCCCGACAACCUCAAGGCCCUGUUCAGAUCCGUGGCCAUGAUGGUGCCCGAUUACGCGCUCAUAUCCGAGAACACCCUGUACUCGUUUGGCUUCCUGAACGCGCGUCCACUGUCGGUGAAAAUCGUCACUACGUAUCGGCUGUGCUCGGAGCAGCUGUCGACCCAGAGCCACUACGAUUACGGGAUGAGGGCGGUCAAGUCGGUGCUGCUGGCCACCGGGAACUUGAAGCUCAAGUACCCGGACGAGAACGAGGACAUUUUGGUCCUGCGGAGCAUCAGGGACGUCAACCUCCCGAAAUUCUUGAACCCCGAUCUCCCGCUCUUCAACGGUAUAAUGUCGGACCUGUUCCCGAACGUCGUGCUCCCUGAGCCGGACUACACGGACCUGAACGCGUGUACCCUGGAGGCGUGCUCGCAGGCCAACAUUCAGUGCACACCAGCCUUUUUGAUGAAGGUCCAGCAGAUCUACGAAAUGAUGAUCGUCCGUCACGGGUUCAUGGUCGUGGGCUUGCCCUUUGGCGGCAAGAGCACCGCGUACAAGAUGCUAGCCGCUGCUCUCGAGCUCUGCGAGGAACGAAAUCUAAUGAACGAGCGGAGGGUCGAGAUAACGGUCAUCAACCCGAAAGCCAUCACGAUCGGCCAGCUGUACGGUCAGUUCGAUCCAACGUCCCACGAGUGGUCCGACGGGAUACUGGCAAUCAGCUACCGCGCGUUCGCGACGUCGACCAACAACAACAGAAAGUGGCUGAUAUUCGACGGGCCGAUAGACGCCGUGUGGAUAGAGAACAUGAACACGGUUCUGGACGACAACAAAAAACUGUGCCUCAUGAGCGGGGAAAUCAUCCAGUUGGCGCCGACGACCAACCUGAUCUUUGAGCCAAUGGACCUGGAAGUGGCCUCUCCCGCGACGGUGUCUCGCUGUGGUAUGAUCUACAUGGAGCCGUCGAGUUUGGGCUGGGAGCCCCUGCUGCAGUCCUGGAUAGCGACAACCCCCUCGAUCCUGAGCCAGUGGCUGCGGACCUUCCUGUACGAGUCCCUCUUCAUGAGAUUCUGCAAGCCGAUCUUGUAUCUUCUCAGGCGAUGCAACGUCACGGAAAUGUGCCCGAUGCCCGAUGCCAACCUCGUACGGUCCAUCACCUACCUGAUGGACUGCUUCCUCGACGACUACAGAGAAAUCACCGACGGCGCCCCCAACGACUUGGACCUACGAGCCCAGAUCGAAGGCUCGUUUUUCUUCUCCUGCAUUUGGGCCCUGGGCGGCACUCUCAUCGAGAGGGACAGGGACAUAUUCAGCGCGCUCUUCCACGCUCUUUUGGAGAAGGAGUUUCCCGCGGAUUUGGCGUCCCAGCUUGGACUCGCGGAGCCAGUGCUGCCUCCGAGGAAGCCGUACAUCUACAUCAUGCCCAAAGACGGCUCGGUUUUCGACUACAGGUUCAUCAAGGAGGGCAAGGGCAAGUGGAAGCUGUGGUCGGACGAGUUGGUGAACAUGCCAGCGAUCCCGCGCGACGUCCCGGUCAACCAGAUAAUAGUGCCGACGAUCGAGACCAUACGGUACAUGAGUCUCUUCCAGAUGCUCGUGCAGCACCAGAAGCCGGUCCUGGUGGUCGGGCCAACGGGGACCGGCAAGUCGGUCUACGCGACGGACUUUCUCCUGAAGAAGAACGACUUGACCGUGUACAAGCCGCUGUUCAUCAACUUCUCGGCGCAAACCUCGGCCAACCAGACGCAGGACAUCAUCAUGAGCAAACUCGACAAGAGGAGGAAGGGCGUCUUUGGCCCGCCCCUGGGAAAGCUGUGCGUCAUCUUCAUCGACGACGUCUCCAUGCCCAUGAAGGAAGAGUACGGGGCUCAGCCCCCCAUUGAAAUCCUCAGGCAAUUGCUCGAUCAAGCUAUAUGGUACGACAGAAAGGACUGUUCGACGAUCAAGCUGAUAGAUCUUCAGUUGAUGUGCGCCAUGAGUCCACCCGUGGGUGGUGGCAAGGACGUGACUCCUCGGUUCAAGCGGCACUUUUUCGUCACCGCGAUCUCAGAGUUCCGGGACGACGUCAUGAUCGCCAUAUUCAGCAAAAUCAUUCUCUGGCACCUCGACACCAGAGGUUUCAGCAAAGAGUUCGACCCCUGCAUCGAUCAAAUCGUCCUGGCUACUCUCGACGUGUACAAAAAGAGUCUGGAAUACCUGCUGCCCACCCCGGCCAAGUCGCACUACUUGUUCAACCUCCGCGACUUUUCUAGAGUCAUUCAGGGCGUCCUCCUGUCGGUGCCCGAGACCAUGCCGACUCUGGUGAACAUGAAGAAACUGUGGGUCCACGAAGUAUUGCGAGUGUUUGGCGAUCGGUUGGUAGACAACGACAUCGACUGGCUCAUCCAGCAGUUACGCGUCACGCUCAAGGAGAAAAUGGACGUCGACCUCGACGGGAUGUUCGCCAAGCUGAAGAGCGACAAAUCCAAGCCCAUCGGCGAGAUCGAGCUGCGCAAGCUCGUGUACUGCGACUUUGCCGAUCCGAAGGCCGAUCAGCGGCUGUACCAGGAGGUGUCGGACUUGGAGCUGUUGCGCAGCAUCGUCGAGAAUUACCUGUCCGAGUAUAACUCGAUGACGAAGAAGCCGAUGAACCUGGUGUUGUUCCGCUUCGCCAUAGAGCACCUCUCGAAGAUCGCGCGCAUCAUAAAGCAGCCCCGGAGCCACGCCCUCCUCGUCGGCGUAGGCGGCUCGGGCCGGCAGUCCCUGACCCGGCUCGCCUCGCACAUAUGCGACUACGAGGUCCACCAGGUCGAGAUAAGCAAGACCUACUCGGUCCCCGACUGGCACGAGGACAUCAAGAAGAUCAUGCUCAAGGCGACCUCGAGCGAGCUACACUCGACCUUCCUGUUCACCGACACCCAGAUAAAGGAGGAAAGCUUCCUCGAGGACAUCAACAACAUGCUCAACACUGGCGAGGUGCCGAACUUGUUCAGCAACGAGGAGAAGGCCGAGAUUUGCGAGAAGAUGCGCCAGGUCGACAGGCAACGCGACAAGUCGAUGCAGACCGACGGCAGCCUCGUCGCCCUCUUCAACCUCUUUAUCCAGAUAGCUCGGGAUCAGCUGCACAUUGUCGUCGCCAUGUCCUCCACGGGGGACAACUUUCGCGUUCGGAUCCGCAAGUUUCCCGCCCUCGUCAACUGCUGUACCAUCGAUUGGAUGCAGCCGUGGCCGGGGGAUGCCCUGUCUGCCGUGGCGAUGAAAUUCCUGAGCGAAAUCGAGCUUACGACCGCCGAGCGUAGCGCUGCCACCGAGAUGUGCCAAGUGUUCCACGUGUCGACGCAAACUCUGAGCGCCGAGUUUCUCGAUCGCCUCGGCAGGCACAACUACGUGACGCCGACCUCCUACCUCGAGCUCAUCGCCACCUUCAAGAGCCUACUGGCCAUCAAGAGAAACGAAAUAUUGGAGAGCAAGGCCCGGUACGAGGGUGGCCUGGGCCGGCUGGACAAGACGCAGCGGGACGUCGAGGAGAUGCAGAUCACCCUGAGGAACCUGCAGCCCAUGCUGCUCGAGGCGACGGAGGACGUGCAAAAGAUCCUGACCCGCGUGGAAAAGGAGAGCGCGGACGUUGCCGAGGUCGAGGCGGUCAUCAAGCUGGACGAGGAAGCCGCCCUGGAGGUGGCGGGAAAAGCCGCGGAGAUAAAGGCCGAGUGCGACGCGAAUCUCGAGGAAGCCAUGCCGAUCCUCCGGGAAGCCGAGGCGGCCCUCAACACCCUCACCAUGUCGGACGUAGCCGUGGUCAAGGCUAUGAAGAACCCCCCGGCGGGCGUCAAACUCGUCAUGGAGAGCAUUUGCAUCCUCAAGGGGGUCAAGCCCGAAAGGAUCCAACAGCCGGACGGGAGGAUGGCCGAGGAUUACUGGAAGUCCUCGCUAAAGGUCCUCAGCGACGUCAAGUUCCUCGACUCUCUGAUCACGUUCGACAAGGACAACGUGGGGGAGCGGGCGAUCGAGAAGAUCCGCCGGGAGUACCUGACCAACGCGAGCUUCGACCCGAACAAGAUAAAGAAUGUCUCGACGGCGUGCGAGGGCCUCUGCAAGUGGGUCUACGCGAUAUCCGAGUACGACAAGGUGGCCAAGGUGGUGGCGCCGAAGCAGCAGGCCUUGGCCGAGGCGCAGGCCAUGUACGACGACGCCAUGGGCAAGCUGAGCGUGAAGCGCGAGCAACUCAGGGAGGUCCAGGCGAGGCUGGCCGACCUCGAGGCCGAGCUCGCCAAGAGAAAGGCUGACUACCAGGGGAUGAUCGACAAGGUCGCCGAGUGCGAGCAGAAGCUCAAACGCGCCGAGGAGCUGAUCGGCGGCCUCGGCGGGGAGUACGCCCGUUGGUCCGACAACGCCAGCCAGCUGGCCAACAGAUACUUUCGUCUGACGGGUGACAUUAUGAUCGCGUCCGGUGUGAUAGCGUACUUGGGCCCCUUCACGACCCCGUACCGGGUCAAGCAGACCAACGAGUGGGUCGAGCUCUGCACGAGUCUCGGUAUCGUUUGCACCAAGGACUUUCAGUUACGCGAGGUUUUGGGCGACCCGGUUCUGAUACGGUCCUGGAACAUCUACGGCCUGCCCACCGAUGCCUUUUCAACCGACAACGGCAUCAUUGUCAAGAACGCGAGGCGUUGGCCGCUGAUGAUCGAUCCGCAGGGCCAGGCGAACAAGUGGGUGAAAAACAUGGAGAAGGAAAACAACCUGAGCAUAAUAAAGCUGAGCCAGAACGAUUACCCGAGGAUAUUGGAAAACGCCAUACAGUUCGGUCAGCCGGUUCUGCUCGAAAACAUCGGCGAAGAGCUCGACGCGAUGCUCGAGCCCGUCCUCUUGAAACAGACCUUCAGGCAGGGGGGCGCCUUGUGCAUCAAGCUCGGCGAUUCCAUCAUCGAGUACAACUUUGAUUUCCGGUUGUACAUAACGACGAAGCUCAGAAAUCCGCAUUACCUGCCGGAAGUCGUGGUCAAGGUGACUUUGAUAAACUUCAUGAUAACCACGAGCGGACUCGAGGAUCAGCUCUUGGGCCUCACGGUGGCGAAGGAGAGGCCCGACUUGGAGUCGGAAAAGAAUUCGCUCAUCAUUCAGGGAGCUGCCAACAAAAAAAUGCUCAACGAAACGGAGGACAAAAUAUUGGCACUGUUGGCUUCGUCCAAAGGUGACAUUCUCGAGGAUGAGGAAGCCAUCGCCGUGCUGAGCUCCUCAAAAGCUCUGAGCAACGAGAUCCAUCAGAAGCAGGCAGCCGCCGAAUUGACAGAAAAAACGAUAGACGCGACUAGACUGGAGUACAUGCCGAUAGCCGUGUACUCCACCGUACUAUUUUUCACCACGACCGACUUGGCCAACAUCGAUCCGAUGUACCAGUACUCGUUGACCUGGUUCGUGAACCUCUUCAAAAUGGCGAUCGACAACACGGAGCAAGUCGAGGACGUGGCGGUCCGCAUAGAGGACCUCAAGGCGUAUUUCACCCGAUCCCUCUACGAAAACAUCUGCCGAUCCCUCUUCGAAAAGGACAAGCUGCUCUUCUCGCUCCUACUGGUGAUCAACCUGCUGAACAACGAGGGCAAAGUUGACCACACGCAGUGGAUGUUCCUCCUGACCGGCGGAAUCGGCCUCGAAAACCCGCACAAGAACCCCACCACCUGGAUGCCGACUCAGGCGUGGAACGAGCUCUGCAGGCUCUCGGAGAUCACGCCCUUCCAGGGUCUACGGGAGGCCAUCGGGAGUAAGAGCGAGGCGUGGAGGGACGUGUACGAUUCCAAGGAGCCGCAGACCUCGAGCUUGCCACAGCCGUUCGACGAGCUGUCCAUCUUCGAGAGGAUGCUAGUGCUGAGAUGCCUCCGACCCGACAGGAUCGUCCCAGCCGUGCAAAAUUACGUUGAAUCUCAACUCGGGGCGGAGUACGUCGAGGCCCCGGCGUUCGAUCUGGCCUCCCCGUACGCGGACUCGAACUGCAGCGUGCCCCUGAUAUUCAUCCUGACCCCGGGGGCCGAUCCGAUGCAGAUUCUGUUGAAAUUCGCGGACGACCAGGGCUACGGUGCAAACCGGUUGUUCUCCCUGUCGCUCGGCCAAGGCCAGGGUCCGAUCGCCGUCAAGAUGAUCAACGACGGGGUCAAGGAGGGCAACUGGAUCGUCCUGCAGAACUGCCACUUGGCCAAAUCCUGGAUGGACAACCUCGAGAGGAUAUGCGAGGACCUCAGCCCCGACACGAUCCAUCCGGACUUUCGGCUGUGGCUGACGAGCUACCCGGUCGAGCACUUCCCGGCCUCGGUGCUCCAGAACUCGAUCAAGAUAACCAACGAGCCGCCUAAGGGCCUCCGCGCCAACAUCCUCAAGUCGUACGCGAGCGACCCUAUCGGCGACCCCGAAUUCUUCGAGUCCUGCGAGCAGGCCGAGCCCUUCAAACGGCUCCUCUUUGGUCUCUGCUUCUUCCACGCGGUUGUCCAGGAAAGGCGCAACUUUGGCCCCAUCGGCUGGAACACACCGUACGAGUUCAACGAGACCGAUCUGCGCAUAAGCCUGCUCCAGCUGAGGCGGGCCCUGAAUGAUUACGACGACGUGCAGUACGAGGCGCUACUGUACCUGACCGGCGAGUGUAACUACGGGGGUCGGGUCACCGACGACUGGGACCGGCGCACCCUCAUGGCCAUCCUCGGGACCUUUUACAACGAGGAUCUCGUGAACAAGGAGACUUACUACUUCGACGACACGUCCGACAUUUAUUACUGUCCCUCGUUCAAGGAUUACGAGGCUUAUUUGAACUUCACGAGGAAAUUUCCCAUCACGACGAGGCCCAGCGUUUUCGGGCUUCACGAGAACGCCGACGUACUGCGGCACAAUCAGGAGACGGACCUCUUGUUUUCCUCCCUGCUCCUUACCCAGGAAAAAUCGCGUAAUGAUGCGAGUGGCGCCUCGGAAGAUCAAGUGGUGUACAAAAUCGCAUCGGACAUAUUGGCCAAGUUACCCGAGGAUUACGACCUGGUGAGAGCGAUGGAAAAAUAUCCGACCCUGUACAACCAGAGCAUGAACACCGUGCUCGUCCAAGAAAUGGGCCGGUUCAACAAGCUCCUCGGCUGCAUAAGGAGCAGCCUCAUAAACGUCAAAAAGGCCAUCAAAGGCAGCGUCGUGAUGUCUUUCGAGUUGGAACAAGUCUUCUUCGCCCUGGUGACGGGAAGGAUUCCCGGACUGUGGAAACGCUUCUCGUACCCCUCUUUGAAACCUCUGGGCAGCUACGUCGAGGACUUUUUGGCUCGCCUGCAAUUUUUACAGAUUUGGUACGAUAACGGCCCCCCGUCAACUUACUGGCUGUCCGGUUUUUACUUCACCCAAGCUUUCCUCACCGGAACUCGACAGAAUUACGCGAGGAAGCAUCAGAUUCCCAUCGACUUGCUGGUCUACGAUUUUCAAGUCAUGAGAGAGACCAGCCUGACAGAGUCGCCCGAGGACGGCGUCUACGUUUGGGGACUCUUCCUGGACGGGGCGAGAUUCGACAGAGACAAGAUGGUCGUAAACGAGAGCUACCCCAAGAUAUUGUACGAUGAAAUGCCAUACAUUUGGCUGAUGCCCAAGAGAAAGGAGGAGAUCGGGGACAGGAUGAGCUACGAGUGCCCGCUGUACAAGACGAGCGAGAGACGCGGGACACUGUCGACAACGGGCCACUCGACGAACUUUGUCAUCGCCAUGCGCCUACCAACCGACAAACCCUCCGAGCAUUGGAUACGUCGGGGAGUUGCCAUGCUGUGCCAGCUGUCGCAGUGAUUUAAUUACCGGCCCAUCGUGGAACAAACGAUAACCUUGUCACAAUCCAGAUUUGCGAUUAAU